AUGGAAUCUGCCAAUAACAAGCUACGACCCUUACAAAAGCAGGAUAAUGAGCCAUUACGGCCAUCUUCGUCCACUCAUCAGCAGCAACACUCUGGCCGUGUACAACAGCCAACACCCAAUCAUUGUCCUUCUCAUACGUCGUAUAAUGAGCAAAGUCAGCAGACUCCUCCUCCUGUAUCAACAACAUCCAAUACACAGCUGGAAGAAUCACCUCCAAUUCUAUCUCGUCAAACAGCACCUGUAUCAACUUAUUACAGUGAGGCUCCAUCGCAACCAAUGGCUCCACAGACACCAACAGCUCCAUCGCACAAGAUACAGCAGCAUGAACAGGAACAGCAGCUUCAAGAUGUUGGUGCAGAACAUCUCACAAACAAGGGUGACCCGCUAUUGGCAAAGUGGACUAGCAGUUUUUGGCGGCAGACUGGAAAGAUGCAAGCAGCUGUUGGCGAUCUAACAGGUUUCGAAUCGUGGCAAACUCAAGGUCGUUCUACCGAAGCAUGGGCUGAUACUGCGUAUCGUGAAGCUGAAAGUCGAAAAAAUCAGGGUGACCCUAGCUGGGUGCGUGGCGAAUAUGAUGUGGUUAUGGGAACUCUUGGUAAUGCGGUUGGCUAUCUAGCUGGAGAUCCAGAGAUGCAGGCUCGUGCUCGUAUGCGAGCUCACGAAGGUCAAGACCAGGUUGACAGGAUUAAACGUUCAUAG